AUGUCCACAGGCGUCACAGCGGUUGUGCAGAAGGUUGUGGAGGCAUGUCAGGACGAGAGCAAGCGGCUGGAUCUGAUAGAGAUCGCGAGAAGCUACCCUCCGAACCAGCUGAGGAAUAUGCAGCGAACGUUCCAGGCCAUCACCGGGACGUUCCUCGACGCCUUCUUGAAAAAGCAUCUGUCAAAGGACUUUGAAAGCCUCGUGCUAAUGCUCUACAAGCCCCGGGCCCAGUUACUCUGCGAGCUAAUCAGGGGGGCCACCAAGGGUGCAGGAACAGAUGAGAAGUGCCUCGUAGACGUCCUUCUGACGAUAGAGACCCACGAGGUCCGCGAAAUAAGGCAGCUCUAUUAUCAGCUCUACAAUGAUUCCCUGGGCGAUGUGGUCCGUAAGGACUGCGGGGACAAGUAUAUGUGGGCGAAGCUCAUCAAUGCUGUUGCGACAGGCGACCGCAUCCCCCGCGAUACACACGAGCUCGAGGAGGAUCUGGUCCUUGUUAGAAAGGCGAUCGAGACAAAGGGGGUAAAGAAAGACGAGGUCAGCACCUGGAUCAGAAUCUUCGCAACAUACACACGUGCAGACUUCAGACAGUUGCAUAAGAUGUACUCAGCAAAGUACAACGGCGACAGCCUCAGAGCAGGUGUGGAGGAUGAGUUUCAAGGCUUGGACGAGUACGCCUUCAAGCUAGCUCACGACUUCCUAUACGAUCCGUGCUGUGCGGCAGCAUUCUCUAUGAACGUGGCCUUUGCAGGCUCCGGAAGCGACUCCAAUAGGCUCAAUAGAAUCACCGCCAUGCACUUCCGCGAGUGCAAAGGGUGUAAGUACUACUAUAAAAAGGUGUAUGGGCAAGCGUUUGACGAGCGAUGCGCGACCGAGCUCAAGGGCGUCUAUGGUGAUGCGAUUAAACUCCUUUGGGAACCGGUUACCGUCCCGCUGCUUUCGAUGGAUGACUACCAGGGAAGCGAGCAGCACAGGCCGAUGACUCUCGAGUUGUAG